CUCUACAAAAAAAAACCCAGAUGAUUAUUACCGGGAGUAAAUUCAAAAGUUUUUGUUAGAUCUGUAGUACAUUAUUAACGGCAAGGACGAAAAAGUAACACAUUAAGGGUUUUGCCGAAUAUUGCAAGGAUGGCGUAUUACUUGGAAAUUAUGAUUAUCUUGCUGCUAAUGAGCAUCCGUGCGCAAGGAAAUGGGAAAACUUGCAAUAUGGCUGAAAUUUGGGGAAGAAAAUGUUCUAUUGGAAAUGAUAUCAAAAUCAAUCCUUCUUCAGAAAGUCAAGCAUGUCAAGUGUGUGAGUUUUCAAGCAUGGGUAUUUGGCCAAGACGACCACUUUCUGUUGACAUGACGACGGUGUUCGAAAAAACAAAGAAGGAUGCGACGGUUGGGUUUUUGAGUAAGAAGGGUCAACCUUGUGGUAGACAAGAUGAAGAAAUAGAGCAUCGUGGAGGACACCACCUAGUGUUGAAUAGGCAAGGUCAAGAUAGUAAUGUGAACAUGGCGAACACUUUCACCCAUCAUGGUGCGGAUUUACCGCUCUUGUCGAGUCUAAGGACAGCAUCUGGACGCUACAUAGUUAAAAACCCUUCAACAUCUGCAGGAUUCUCUCAUGGUCCUAUCCAACGCUCCUUUCUGGGACGCAUCCCAUAUUGCAAUGUGGCGCAUCUGCGUUCUCCGUCGGUGGCUUGUUCGGGCAUGAUGAUCUCACCACGUUACAUCUUGACAGCAGCCCACUGCGUUCACGAUGGGUUUCGCUUUCACACUCGUUUGAAGAAAAUGCGCGUCAGUGUUCCGAGUGGCACCAGCUUUGAAAGUCGACGCGUUUCAAACGCGCAUGUACCACGACGUUGGCUUACGAAUAAGGGUAAACAGGACGCUGCGGCCGCACGACGCUCCGAUUCCGAACGCGCGGUUUACGAUUUCGCUGUUGUUGAGUUACUUCAUGAUAUCAACAGCAUGGCAGGAUGUCCGAGAAAUGGAACAGGUUCUAUGAUAACCAAUUCCGCCGGUGGAUACAAAGAGCCAUUCAGAGUAGUGACGGCAGGGUCGAGAAGAAGACUUGGUUUCGUAAGUUUUCCCGCCAUCGGGGAACUGAUGUGGCAAACAAUCUGUUCAACUUUGGACCAAUCAUUGACGUCCGUCCGAAGCGGACUGCUCGCAACGGACUGUCCAUCCUUAAAAGGAAGUUCGGGAGCUGGGGUCUUUGUGCAGCCUGAAGCUAUGUCCACAUCAGGAUUUCCUAUGUCCUCGUCGUUGCAGGAUCUCAUUGGAUUAGUCUCACAUAAGGUUGAUCUGUGGAAGAAUCGCUCUUACACGGUGAUAACAGUAUUAACUCGGAGUAAGAAACGACUCGUCUGCGCCAUGACUGAUUCCAGCGUCUACCAUUUCUGUUCAAAUGCUUUGCCAAAUAAGCAUCGAUUCAUAUCCUUUUUUCCAAAGAGGACUCCUAGGAAACACGCCAUGAUCGAUCUUCAAAAUACUACUAAUCUCAUAAAUUUCCGGAGACAACCUGAAAUUUAACAAUAAUUACGUUUGUAUUAAGUUCAAAGAGCUUAAGGGUAUCUGAAACUGGAGUCAAUUUGAUUUCUGAAGCCUGGUAGCAUGACGGGUUCUCAUACAGGCAGCCUUCCAUUCAUUCCAGCAGGAUCCAUGGUUAUCGUAUGUCAACAAGGUUUUACCUAUAAAUUGAUAUUUUUGGAAUAUCAAACAAGGUUGAUAAUAUUAAUCUAACCAAAUGCUGAA